CCACACCGAUACUAGGUUUCGGUUAUGGCCAUUAGUUUGGUUUAUAUAAAAGAAACCCUAGUACUACGUAGGGAUAGAGGACUUGUGUCUGAGAUUAUGUUAGAGAGGAUGUCGGGGAACGAUGCGGCGGAGACAGCUAAAAUACAUGUGUGGUGGGACAUGAAUGACUGUCGGAUUCCGGAGGGGUAUGAUGCUCGUCGGGUCCGUCCAAGUAUAGAAAAGGCGUUCGAAAAACUAGGCUACACCGGUCCUGUCUCCAUCACUGCCUUUGCCGAUCAAAAAGAAACCCCUUGCCACGUCCUGCGAGGGCUCUCUUCCACUGGAGUCGCUGUUGCACAUACCAAAUCGGAAAGCACGCGCUCAGUCAUGUAUCGGGAUAUGGUGGAGUGGCGAGGUCAAAAUCCACCUCCGGCUACAAUUAUGAUUAUAUCCGAUCAGGUGGAAGGUGACUUCUCCUGGGAUCUGGCCCGUCUACAACAGCGCACUAGCUACGACCUUUUUACGGCUUAUUCAAUGAAUCUUCGCAGUGAUUUAAUCCUGGUCCGUUAUGGAAAUUGGCGCUGGGAAGAAUUACUAGAAGAAGACGGAGGCGAGCCACUUGUGGCGGCGGGUGGAUUAUCAUCUGCCAUGUUUUAUUGCAAAACGUGCAAUUUCGACUGCCAAAGCCUGAAGAAAUUCACGAAGCAUCUCUCUAGUUAUAAGCAUGGAAUGGAAGAGGCUAUAGAUCCUCCGGACACACUCAUAUGUGUAACGAAGACGUGGGCAAGGAACUACCCGGCCACGCCUGAACACGCCACAGCUAAAAUACAUGUCUUGUGGGACAUGAACGACUGCCCGAUUCCUGAGGGGUAUGAUGCUCGUAGGGUCCGUCCAAGUAUAGAAAGAGCGUUCAAGGAAAUAGGCUACUCUGGUUCUGUCUCUAUCACUGCCUUUGCCGACCAAAAACAAACCCCUAUUCACCACCUUCUUGCGCUCUCUUCCACUGGAGUUGAUUUUUCACAUACCCUUUCCUGGGUCCAUUACAGUCGCAUGAUUACAGAAUUUGAGAAAUGGACAAAAAAUAAUCCUGCUCCGGCUUCAAUUAUGAUCAUAUCGGAUGAAGUGGCUUCCAGCAAGUACCGUUCAACACUUAUUUGCCGGAAACUACAAGAGAGUAACUACAAGUGUUUUUUGGCUUAUUCAGCUAGGCCUUUUGAAAUGCCCGUCCUGGUCACUUCUGCAGAAUGGCUAUGGGAAAGCUUACUCGCAGAGACAAAAAGACACAUUUUUCAUAAGUGCAGUGAAAGUGAAAGGGUUGUUGCAUCUACCGGUAUGUUUUGUUGCACAUUGUGUUUAUGUGAUUGCAAAACCCUCGAUGAUUUCAAUAAGCAUCUCGCAAGUGAAGACCAUACAGAGGAGGAGAACAGAAUGACUUCGCAUUCUCAAUCUUUCCCUGGCCGACGAAGGCAAUUUAAAAUAUCCAACUACUAUGAUGAGGUAGGGUAUCCUCCCAAGACCAAACGUAUGAGGAAAGCACCCCGGAAGGGUUUUGUCCCAAGACCAUUACGUUUUACUAGACGUUGAUAUUGUGUUUCCAGUUAAAAGAUUCCAGACAUUACACAAUGUACACUAAUAAGAAUUUAAAAAUCUCUUCACUCUU